AUGGACGAGUUUAUCAUUGAGCACGCCGAGCGCUACAAGCGACUCGUGUCGACCUUCAAGCCGAGCUCGCCCGGCGCAAAAGCGACCAACUCCACCUCUGCAAGCUCUGAAAUCGUGGUCAGCGCACGCAUCCGGCCCAUGCUGGAGGAUGAAAUCGCUCAGGGGUUCCCCCAGGGGGUUUACCAACGCGCUGACUCCAACAUGGUCGACUUACACGAGCUCCGGAGGCCGGUGAGAGGACUGCCCACAAUUAACUCGUUCAGUUUCACCGUUGACCGAGUGUUUGGUCCCGAUGCCGCUACUCCCGAGAUCUACGAAUCGGUGGUCAAGCCGCUUGUGCCAUGGGCUUGGGGCGGUGGCGUCGGAACUAUGUUCGCAUACGGCCAGACAGGUUCCGGGAAAACGUAUACCGUCAGCGGCUUGGAACGGCACGUUGCGGAGACUCUGAUGGACGGGUCGCUGGACGGCGAGAGGAAGAUACACAUCUCCGUCAUCGAGCUAGCGGGACAGACCGCCUUUGACUUGCUAAACGAUCGUAAACAGAUUUCGAUCCUCGAAGACUCCUUCGGCAAUACCCAGAUGGCUGGUGCUUUGGAGCACAGGGUCACGGACAAGGACGCUCUCCUCCAGUUCAUCGAGGCUGCUGCAUUCCUCCGUCGAACAGCGCCCACGCUCAAGAACGACACCUCGUCGCGCUCCCACGCCAUCUGCCGUCUCCGGUUCGAGAAUCCCCUUCUGCCUUCGGCCGAAGACGGCCUUCUUUACCUGGUCGACCUCGCAGGAUCCGAAGCAGCCCCGAGCAGAAAGCCCGCCUACGUGCCCUUCCGGCAGAGCACGCUGACCAAGACGCUCAAGCACGUCUUCGACCCGGCCAGCGCGCGCAGCUGCAAGACCGUCGUCGUGGCAUGCGUCAAUCCCUGCCUGGCCGACGUGGGCGCCAGCAAGAACACCCUGCGCUACGCCGAGAUGCUCCGCGUGCUCGUCUCCCGGCCCAAAGCAGCCGAGUACAGCCCCACCGUGCCGGCCACCUGGAACAACGAGCAACUCCGGGACUGGAUCGAGCGCAAUUCCGGCGACCCACCCAUCACCGCCUCCAUCCUCGCCCCGCUCGAAACAGGCCCGCAGCUCCUGCGCCUGCCCGCCCCAGAGUUCCUCUCACGCUGCCUCAAGACCCCCGGCGUGUCCCCGGAGCAAGCCCAGGCCUUCCACACCAAACUCUGGAAACUGCACAUCGACUCCCAGCAUCAGCUCUCCUCCUUGCCGGCGACGACGGGCCGAGACAACAACAACAACAGCAGCAGCAGCAGCAGCAGCAGCAGCAGCAAAACCGACCCCCUCGCCUCGACAGCAGCAGCGCGCCUCGCCCAACUCGACUCAAGCGCCGACCCGGACCAGGCCGCCGCCGCCGCAGUCCCGUUCCAGCAGCGCAUCCGGCCCGGCAUGGUGGUCCGCUGGCGCCCGCCGCCCAAGUACGCGUGUGUUGCCGCGACCGGCGGGCAGGUCGCCUACGCCGUGGUGCUGUGCCCGGCGGCGGCGGUGGGGGCGGGGGUGAGGGACAUGAAGGGGGUGCUGGUCAACCCCGGCGGCGAGGGGUCGGGGCUGGGGGAUGCAUACCUCUGUGCGACGGUCGUGCCGGGGCUGUUGCCGGGGUCGUUUGGGGUGGGGUUGUGGCGGCAGGUGGUGGUGCGGGUGGAGGAGAUGGAGGCGGAGGUGUUGAUGGAGUGGGAUGAGGCGACGAGGUAUUAUUACAUGACUGUGUAG